UUUAAUCGUUCACAUUUCCUGUGCUCAACGCUCAGCAUGUAUACAAUUCCUAGAGGGAGUCCCAUGUAUGUGUGUACGCAUGUUUACAACCAUGGAACCUCGAUCGAAGGCACGCAACCAACGCAUGGUGGUGCACCUUUGACUGCUAGGGCUAGGGGAGAAACUGGCCAACUCACCAGCGAACGGUAUAAAGCGGACAAACUUGCAGGUCAAUCAUGUCUAUCUGCAAGGAGAAUUUCUUCUCCAGACUCUUUCGCCGCAUCUUCGGGAUGAAUCCACCGCCACUCAACCCCCCAACUAUCUAUGGUCUGUUUACAGCACUCAACGACUGCUUGCCAGAAACACAAAACACUUAUCGUUGGGAGGCCUAUAUGACAGACCGCGAGUUUCCGGAUUCCUCUCUGUGUUUUGUUGACAAAGUCACCUGGCACAAGUCUUAUUCAAUGGAUCAACACGAAUUUUUGCGCUUUGAAAUUAAAGCGCCCGAUGGCCCCCACCGAGCAAUCGUUGUCGUUGACAGAACGGUCGAUAUAUCAUCUAUUGCCAAGAUGUCAGCUGUGGCCCUAACUUCUUCUGGGUGUUGUACAUCGUCAAGGGCAUUCACUCAGGCCGCUGUUGAUCAAGUGACUGCCGCAACUAUGGGCACUCCAUGGGGGGACAAACUUAUGGACAACCACAAUUGCAGUCUUGUUUCUACUCUCACAUUUUCUACAUGUGCACCCUCUGCAGAUGAACUGUCCACUCUACUUGCACUCAUCUCGGAAUACCGCGAAACAUACCAUCUCAUUGAUUCCCAGUGUUUCUGGUAUGCGAAAACUGCAUUCAAAGCUCUUGUAGAACUCUUCAACGGCAGCGAGAAUCCGGCAGACGAGGACCAUGGCGGAGGCAAGAUACAUGGUUCCAAGUUGCCGUUGCCUGGGGAUGUUCAUCACAUUUGUCGUAUAUAUAAGGAGCGACGAGAAGCGUUGCCCCCUCACUCUGACCGGCUCAGAAAGGGUCACGCAGAUACCACGAUGCAGGUGGAUCUACAAGGAUCAAGGGAGGACGCAGAUAGGUGUGAGGAAGAAGCAGAGAACCAUCUUCAGGUUUUGGAGGCAAAGGUCAGCGAAUUGGAAGCAAAGCUAGAGGCAAAGAACCGUGAAUUGGAGGCAAAGAACCGUGAGCGACAGCAAGCUUUACUAGCCUCGGAAAAUCGGGAGCAGCAACUUUUGCUGGAAAUGCAGGUGUUGAGAAUCCAGCUGGCGAGGGCGGCAGAGAAGGCUUAAGGGAAUAAUCGAUGAAGCCUUGAAGAAUGAACAAGGAGCAGGUUAGAUGUGCUACUCUAUGACGGUCCUAAUGAUAUGCCGCUCCCAUACAUACAUCUUGCUCAAAUCGUGUAUCGUGCUGUAACCAUAAGUUAGUUUCCCGGUAAUCCAUGCACGCUCCA